AGAGAGAGAGGCAGCAACUCAGACGGUAUUGAGUGAGCGAGCGUGGAGGCAGCGAGGAGAGAAGCCAGACAGACGCCUUCCUCUUAUUUGAACCAUGACCACCCCGAUAUCAGGCAAUCCACACGUCUUCCUCGAUGUCCAGCAUGGAGUAGAGGUCGUGGGCCGUAUUGUGCUGGAGCUGUUUUCCGGGACCUGCCCCAAGACCUCCGAGAACUUCCGAGCACUAUGCACUGGAGAGAAGGGCGUGGGUUCCAAGGGCGCCCCACUACACUACAAGGGAUGCACCUUUCACCGAAUCAUCGAGAACUUCAUGAUCCAAGGUGGGGACUUCACCAAUCACGACGGGACAGGUGGCGAGAGUAUUUAUGGCGAGAAAUUCGACGACGAGAAUUUUACCCACAAGCACACAUCGGCCGGGAUCCUGUCCAUGGCCAACGCUGGGCCGGGAACAAAUGGCUCACAAUUUUUCAUCACCCUGGCCGACACCCCACACCUGGACAGCAAGCAUGUGGUGUUUGGCCGUGUGGUGAAGGGCAUGGGUGUGGUGAAGGCCCUCGGCAAGGUCAAGACUGAUGGGGACAGGCCGGUGGAGCGGUGCCUGAUAUCAAACUGUGGGGUUCAGCCCGGGGAAGGAUUUGGCAUUGUGGACGAGGAUGGCACCAAGGACACCUUCCCACAGUACCCAGAGGACGCUGACGUGGAGUUCGAACAUGCCACGAUGGAGGAGCUGGUGUCGGUGGUGAGCAGCAUCAAGGACGCAGGGAACAACUUCUUCAAGGAACAAAACUACCCCGUUGCUGUCUUUAAGUACAAGAAGAGCCUCGCCUAUCUUACCUACAUCAAGGAGAACUGUAUAGGGGAGAGUGACUUCAGCAAAGAGGACCUGGCAACACUGAGCAGCCUGGCCGUCUCCUGUCUCCUCAAUCACGCCCUCUGCUGCUCCAAGAUGGGACAGUUCGAUAAGGCCAUUAAUGACUGUAAUAAGGCCCUGGAGCUCGAUGCAAACAACCCUAAGGUGUAUUUCCGCCGUGGUCAGGCCUAUAACCUAAGCAAUGAUGUGGAGUCAGCACGUGCCGACCUGCAGAAGGCGCGGGAGCUGGAGCCCAACGACAAGGGUAUCCUGAAGGAGCUGGAUGCCGUUACCAGGAAGAUCAAAGCACAGAGGGAGAAGGAGAAGAAGAUUUACUCCAAGUUGUUUGAGUAGAGCGGUGGUGCUGGGUGGUGUUUGCUGGUGUUUUGACUCUUUCUCUUUCUUCUCUCUCUCUCUUUUGCUUUCUUUCUUUCUUUCUUUUUAUCUCUAUUUUUCUAUUUUUCUUUUCUUUGUCUCUCUCUCUCUCUCUCUCUCUCUCUCUCUCUCUCUCUCUCUCUCUCUCUCUCUCUCUCUCUCUCUCUCUCUCUCUCUCUCCAUCUAAAUUUGUAGAGUAACUCCUCCGUCUCCUCCUCGUCCUCCUCCUCCUCUUCCUCUUCCUCCUCCUCCAGGGCUCCAGAUGGUCAUAAGUGCUUUAGACUGUAAGUAAUUUAUAUGUUGACAGGCUUGGCAGUGUUUUGUACCAGUAGUUUAUAAGAAGUGUACUUUUAAACUAACUUAUAAUGCAUUGGCUGACUGACUGACUGGGUGGCUGGCUCAUUGGGUAGGUAGCUGGCUGGCUGGGUGACUGACUGGGCUAACUAACUAACUGACUGACUGACUGACUGAUUGAUUGAUUGACUGACUGAAUGAGUGAAUGGAUGGCUGACUGAUGGACUGACCGACUGAAUGAAUGAACAAAUGAUUGGCUGAUGAUGGACUGACUGACUGACUGGGUGAUUUGUGGGCUAACUGACUGGUUGUGGCUAAGUGUCUGUCAGUUGUUCAGUUCAGUUUGUCAGUCAGUUUAGUUUAGGUGUGUGUGUGUGUGUGUGUGUGUGUGUGUGUGUGUGUGUGUGUGUGUGUGUGUUUUAUACAUCUUGUCAUACGAGAU